AUGGAAGAGAUCGCCCCAGAAUACGACGUUAUCGUCCUAGGCACAGGCUUGACAGAAUGCGUGCUCUCUGGGGUUCUUUCUGUCAAGGGCAAGAAGGUCCUCCAUAUCGAUCGGAACGACCAUUACGGCGGUGAAGCGGCAUCUGUCAACAUCGAAGCUCUCUUCAAGAGAUAUGGAAACCAUAAAUCCGGCGAGGAGCCAUGGAAGAAAUACGGCCGCACCAACGACUGGAACAUCGAUCUAGUGCCCAAGCUCUUGAUGGCCAAUGGCGAACUCACCAACAUCCUUGUAUCCACCGAUGUCACUCGGUACCUCGAAUUCAAACAGAUCGCAGGCAGCUUUGUACAGCAGGGCUCCGGACCUCGCGCAACAAUUGCGAAAGUCCCAUCCACCGCUGCCGAAGCACUAAGUUCACCACUGAUGGGCCUGUUCGAGAAGAGAAGGGCAAAGAAAUUUUUGGAGUGGGUUGGUUCAUUUGAGGAGAACAACCCAGCAACACACAAUGGCAUGAACAUGAACCAGUGCACCAUGAAAGAGGUCUAUGAUAAAUUCGGCUUGGAGCCUUCCACACGAGACUUCAUCGGUCACUCUAUGGCACUGUACUCGACUGAUGAUUACAUCAACGCACCGGGUAUGGCCAAGGAGACGGUCGAAAGGAUCCGUCUUUACGCCAACUCGAUGGCCCGCUACGGCAAGUCACCAUAUAUCUACCCGCUUUACGGUCUAGGGGAGCUUCCACAAGGCUUUGCCCGUCUCUCCGCUAUCUACGGGGGCACGUACAUGCUCAACACUUCAGUUGAUGAGUUUCUCUACGACGGCAACAAAAUCUCUGGCAUCAAAGCCACCAUGCGAGAACGAGGCGAAGAGAACGAAGAGGGCAUGAAAUUCACCACAAAGACCAAAAUGAUCCUCGGCGACCCUUCCUAUUUCCCCGGCAAAGUCCAAGUUGUCGGUCACCUCCUCAAGGCCAUCUGCAUUCUGAAUCAUCCGCUCGAGAAGACCGGAGAUGCCGAUUCCUUGCAACUCAUCAUCCCACAAUCUCAGGUCGGCCGAAAACACGACAUCUACAUUGCCAUGGUUUCCUCAGCCCACAAUGUCUGUCCGAAAGGCUACUACAUCGCAAUCGUUUCCACGAUUGCCGAGACCUCUGCGAACCACCAUCUGGAACUGCAGCCUGGACUCGAGAGACUUGGUCGCAUCGAGGAAAAAUUUAUGGGGCCACCAAUCCCACUAUACCAGCCUUUGGAGAGUGGCGUGAACGACCAGAUUUUCAUCAGCAACAGCUUCGAUGCGUCGAGUCACUUUGAGACGGUCACGGAGAAUGUGAGAGACAUCUAUCGGAGGGCAAUGGGAGAAGAGUUGAAGGUAGAGGGGCUGCGAGAGGGUCAGACCUUGGCUGAGGAAUAA